UUCCGGGACCCGCCCCCGCCCCCCGCAGCCCGCAGCCGCCAUGGGGGAGGCGGAGGAGCCGGUGCCCGAAUCCGGUGCUGUUUUCACAUUUGGAAAAAGCAAAUUUGCAGAAAAUAUUCCUAGCAAGUUCUGGUUUAAAAAUGACAAGACUUUGUAUAUGUCAUGUGGAGAUGAACAUACUGCUAUUGUUACAGGAAAUGGUAAACUUUACAUGUUUGGCAGCAAUAACUGGGGCCAGUUAGGACUAGGAACAAAGAAUACUAUCAACAAGCCAACUUGUGUAAAAGCUUUAAAACCAGAAAAAGUUAAACUUGCUGCUUGCGGGAGAAACCACACUUUAGUUUACACAGAACGAGGACAUGUAUAUGCUGCUGGAGGUAACAGUGAAGGGCAGUUGGGAUUAGGUGACACAGAGGAAAGAAGCACGUUUCAUCUAAUUAGUUUUUUUACCAACCAGUACAAGAUCAAACAGCUGGCAGCUGGAUCUUACACAUCAGCAGCACUAACCGAGGAUGGACAGCUUUUCGUGUGGGGUGACAAUUCUGAAGGUCAGAUUGGCCUGGCUGGUGAAGCCAGUGUGUGUGUACCUUGUCAAGUGGAUGUUGGAAAGCCUGUUUCCUGGGUCUCCUGUGGAUAUUACCAUUCUGCUUUGGUAACAAGAGAUGGUGAGCUCUACACUUUUGGAGAACCUGAAAAUGGGAAGCUAGGUUUGUUGCCUGAACAACUGAAAAACAAUCGGGUUCCACAGCUAGUUCCUGGAAUUUUGGAAAGGGUUAAUAAGGUUGCUUGUGGUGGAGGACAUACGGUGGCACUUACAGAAACAGAUGUAUAUACCUUUGGCCUUGGACAAUAUGGGCAACUUGGACAUGGUACGUUUAUUUUUGAAACGUCGGCACCAAAGGCUGUGGAACAUCUGAAGAGGCAUAAAAUACGUAACAUUGCAUGUGGGGAAAAUCAUACAGCUGUAAUAGCAGACAACGGCCUUAUGUUUACUUUUGGAGAUGGACGACACGGCAAAUUAGGACUUGGAGAAGAGAAUUUUACUAAUCAAUUCAUACCCACCUUAUGUUCUAAUUUCUUGAAGUUUACAGUCUGUUUGGUUGCUUGCGGUGGCUGUCAUAUGCUAGUUUUUGCCACUCCAAGGCCUAAAGGGUCUGAAGAAAUACACGAAGAUUUACGUGAAAACUGUUUGGCUGCUACUAUCUCUAAACUGGGUGGUGAUUCAUUAGUAACUAACACCUUGCAGAGAACGUUAUCGGCUCGAAUGCGGCGGAGAGAGAGGGAAAAAUCUCCAGAACAGUUUUGUCGAAUGGUGCGAACGUUACCUCCAUUGGGAGAAGGCUCCCUAAAACCUUCUUUAUGUGCUGCCAGCAACACUGUCCCACUCAGUUUACCCACAACAAACCAUCCUGAUGUAACGGAAGCGAAUACAAAUAAAGCCAUUGAAUCAACUGUGGACUGCGAAACAGAGGAUCGGAAGCAGGAAAAAGAUAAACCUGAAGAAAGUACCACAGAGGAAGAUUCAGAUAAGGAAAGUGAUGACAGAAGCCUUGGAAACACAACUGAUGUUCUAAAUAUGACACAUAUGAUGAGACUGAAUCCCAGUGACCAGUCCUUAAAAUUAACACCAGUUCAAAAACAAAAGGAUCAAAAAACUUCUGAAGAUGAAGAGACUGACGAAGAAGAAGAAGAAGAAAUAACAGACAAAGAAGAGGAGGAGGAGGAGGGAGGGAGCAGUGAUGAUGGGAAAGUGCAUGAAAAGGAGGAACGUGACAGUAAAACACCUGAGGGAGAAAGAAGCAAUAACACCGUUACAGAGGAAGAGAAGACCACCCAAGAAGAGAAAAUACUUCAGCAAGAAAGAGAAAAUACCGACACUCAUCCUGAGAACCGUUCUUUAGGGGCAAUUUCGGAAAGUAGUACUGACAGAAUAUCUGGAGGAAUACUUGGAAGGACUAAAAAGUGAGCCUCAUCAUCAUAGCUGACUGAAAAGCCCCAGUGAACAUCCCUUUGUAUGUGCCGGCUACUGUUGAAGAGUAUCCAUUAUUGUGGAUCAUUCUUGGAAUUGCAGAAGGCCCGAGAACCUUACUCACAUUCAACAGUAACUUAUCGCACGAGUGAUUCCAUUGACUCCAAUAUGCAGAUAGAGAGGAUAAGACAUCAUGUGAAAGCAUUAUGAGCCACAACCCCAUAAUGGAAGAGUUGAGACAUAGUCAGGGGAAAUAUCCAGACUUGGACCACUGAUGGCAGGCUUAUCUCUUAAGUAUCCUACAUUUUCUGUACAUCUCACUUGUUCAGAUAUUUCCAUUUUUGUGUCAUACCAUCUUGUCAUGUUUCUAUAUGUCCCACAGUGUAGCAGUGGUUUAUGCUGCUUUUACACCAGGUUUCUCUUCUUCCUCUGGUUAUUCCCUACUGUGCCCAUAUUUUUAAUAGAGCAAGGAGUGAACCAGAGGCUAAUCAGAGGAAGAGAGGACCUGAUGGCAUGUGAACAGCCUUAGGAAUACUCAGGGUGGAGGUGGGGGUUCAGCACGGUAUGACUGGUGAAGAGCUUCUGGGUAUGUCUACACAGCUUGCAGCAGUGAGCCUCCCAGCCCAGGUCCGAUAGAUUUGGACUCACAGGGCUCGUGCUACUGUGCUAAAAACAGCUGUGUAGACUGUGCUUGAGGUUGUGGCUUAGGCUGGAUCUUGAGCUCUGAAGCCUACAGAGGGGCCCAUGCUCCAGCCCAAGGCACAAUUUCAAAGGGCUGUCUACACAGUUGUUUUAGUGCAGUAGCAUAAGCCGGAAUAUAUGGACCCCAGGCUAGGACUCUGACUGCCCCGGGCUGUGUAGACACACUCUGUAGGGGAAAGGGACAAGCAAUGGGAAAAGAGCUAAGAGACCAAAGAAGGAAGACAAACCUGGUUUGGAAGAUGUAGAGAGACUACUGUCCCCCAUUUCAAGGGCCUGUGUCCUAUUUGCAGCAUUGGGAAUGUAAAGAACUCUGAGAAGAAGUAGCCAAUGCAUUUGACAUACAGGACCUAUUGCUAUAGGUGAAAUCCUGACCCCACUGAACUCAAAUGAUGGCAAAACUCCCAUUGACUUAAAUGGAGCCAGGAUUUUAUCCCCCAUGUUCAAAAAUCUCCUCCAAAGCAGAAGACUGUAGAAAACAAGAUAAUAUUAUAACCCAGAAAUCACAUAAUAAAAAACAGGUACAAAGAAACAUUCUGUUAAAAUUUUAUUUGAAUAAAUGUUGCUUUGCUCCAAGCAACCCACAAAGUCUCACCUCCUUCCCCAACCCCCGGAGGUUUGAGUUUUGGGGUAUACGUCAGAUACUGUGGGGGAGAAGUAUUGUGAAGUUGAAAACAAUUCUGUGCCGGUAAAAGAAGGUUAAGUGGUGAAUUUAUUACUGGAAUCUCUUUGUCAGACACCUUAGUGUAAAAAGACUUAUAGAUACAACAUACUGUACGUUUUAAAAGAAGUUUUCUAGGGCUAUGUUGUUCUCCGAUUGAAGCUUAAAAUAGGCUAUUCUCUAAACUAAAAUGAAUGCAGAUAAUAUGAAUAACAGCAGAAUAGAACACUGUCAAAAGAUGAGUAUCACCUGCUUGAAAAGUAAACAUAUUUACUCUAACCCCAGAUUUUUAAAUAACGAUCUGUCUUUUCCAAAGUAUUUUAGGCAGUUCCUAAAGAAUAUGCAUAUGAACUCUGAACCCUCUGACACACACAAUUCUCCAUGUCCUGGCAAAAAAGCAAAAAGGAAGUAGUGUUGUUUCAUCAAUUUCAACAGCUAGUUUAAAUCAGAUACAGGAUUGUUUUCUUGUAUAACUGACAAUGAAUAAAUUAGAGAACUUGUCUGGGAUUUUUAGAUUAAAAAUUUUUUUAUAGUCCAAAUGACGAGACUGAUCCUGCAAACUCUUACUUAUAUGAAUACUCGUAUUGACUUGAAUGAGACUGUUCUUUGCAUAAUUAAGAGCUAAUAUUUUUCAGGGUUUGCAGGGUUUACCACAGAUUUAGGAUCUGAUUCAACUCCUGUUAAAGUCAUUGUAAGUCUUUCUGAAGACUUUAGUGAAAGUUGGAUCAGGCCUAUAAUUCUUAUUUGAUCUUAUACAGUGUACCUCAAAGAAGGAAAUAAUUCACCAUUUUGAGUUUUACUGAGCUAAAAACAUACAGAGUUGAUAUCCAUGGAGUUCUUUAGAGGGCUGCAGGUGACCACCUUACAUGGAGCCCCUUGAAGGGUUGGAACUCAAAUGCUCAGUCAUUCAAGGUACUGAGCACUCUGUCCCCAAUCCAGCAAAGCAUUUAAACACACGCUUAAUUUUAAGCACAUGAGUAGUCCCAUUAACGUCAAAGUCUGUUGUCAUUGACUUCAUUAGGACUACACACAUACUUAAAAUUAAGCAUGUAACUAAAUGGUUUGCCUUUGUUCAUGAAAUACGUUUCCAGCAUCUGGCUUUAAAUUCUUAAUAGGGCUGUCAAGCGAUUAAAAAAAUUAAUCGCGAUUAAUUGUGCGAUUAAUCACACUGUUAAUAAUAGAAUACCAUUUAUUUAAAUAUUUUUGGAUGUUUUCUACAUU